CAGGCUGACUCAUCAGUAGAAAUUGAGAAGAGCUGCAGAAGAGAAGCCAAACAGACAAGCUGAGAGCUCAAAGAAGUACUCUUUUGAGUUGGGAGUUCAGAGUGGAGCCAUCAUGAGCGAUGUUACCAUUGUGAAAGAAGGCUGGGUUCAGAAGAGGGGAGAAUAUAUAAAAAACUGGCGGCCAAGAUACUUCCUGCUAAAGACAGAUGGCUCUUUCAUAGGCUAUAAGGAGAAGCCCCAGGAUGUGGAUCUGCCAUAUCCACUCAACAACUUUUCAGUGGCAAAAUGUCAGCUAAUGAAAACAGAGCGACCAAAGCCAAACACAUUCAUUAUCAGAUGUCUUCAGUGGACCACUGUCAUAGAGAGGACGUUCCACGUAGACACGCCAGAGGAACGGGAAGAAUGGACAGAAGCAAUCCAGGCUGUGGCAGACAGACUUCAGAGGCAAGAAGAGGAGAGGAUGAACUGUAGUCCAACUUCACAGAUAGACAAUAUAGGAGAAGAAGAGAUGGAUGCUUCAACAACCCAUCAUAAAAGAAAGACAAUGAAUGAUUUUGACUAUUUAAAACUACUGGGCAAAGGCACGUUUGGCAAAGUUAUCCUUGUCCGAGAGAAGGCUAGUGGGAAAUACUAUGCUAUGAAGAUUUUGAAAAAAGAAGUCAUUAUUGCAAAGGAUGAAGUAGCUCAUACGCUUACAGAAAGCAGAGUAUUGAAAAAUACCAGACACCCUUUUUUAACAUCCUUGAAAUAUUCCUUCCAGACAAAGGAUCGUUUGUGUUUUGUGAUGGAGUAUGUUAAUGGAGGAGAGCUGUUUUUCCAUUUGUCGAGAGAGCGGGUGUUCUCAGAGGACCGCACACGCUUCUAUGGUGCAGAAAUUGUCUCUGCCCUGGACUAUCUGCAUUCUGGGAAGAUUGUGUACCGUGAUCUCAAGUUAGAAAAUCUAAUGUUGGAUAAAGACGGACACAUAAAAAUUACAGAUUUUGGACUUUGCAAAGAAGGAAUCACAGACGCAGCAACUAUGAAAACAUUCUGUGGUACUCCAGAAUACCUGGCACCCGAGGUGUUGGAAGAUAAUGACUAUGGUCGUGCAGUGGACUGGUGGGGAUUAGGAGUUGUCAUGUAUGAGAUGAUGUGUGGAAGACUACCGUUCUACAACCAAGAUCAUGAAAAACUAUUUGAACUGAUACUAAUGGAGGACAUAAAAUUUCCUCGAACUCUGUCUGCAGAUGCAAAAUCAUUACUAUCAGGCCUACUGAUAAAGGAUCCAAAUAAGCGACUUGGUGGAGGCCCAGAUGAUGCAAAAGAAAUCAUGCGUCAUAGUUUCUUUGCUGGAGUAAACUGGCAAGAUGUGUAUGAUAAAAAGCUUGUACCUCCUUUUAAACCUCAAGUGACAUCGGAGACAGACACCAGGUAUUUUGAUGAAGAAUUUACAGCUCAGACUAUUACAAUAACGCCGCCUGAAAAAUAUGACGAGGAUGGUAUGGACUGCAUGGACAAUGAGAGGCGGCCGCAUUUCCCCCAGUUUUCCUACUCUGCAAGUGGACGAGAAUAACUUUUUUGUUCUGCUGCUUCACUGUCAUCUUAGGUUUAUCACUGAAAAUGAUUCCUGAACAUCACCACCAGUACUAGAGACUAUUUGAGAUAGCAGGGGCACUUUCAGAGACCAUUCCAAAUUGAACAAGUUGCUUUCCCAAACCUACCUAAAAUCCAUUUUGGUUUGCAUGAAAUAGGAGAAUUUCUGUACUACGCUCUCCCGCUGUUGCUGCUGCCCACAGUCUCAGUAUAAUAGCAACAUCAAGAAGUUACUAACAGUUUCUCUGAAGGUAGAUGACUUGGCUUCAGCAAUGUACACCUUGUUGCACAAGUAGUCAUCUAUUUUUCCUCACAGUGGAAGCUAAACAAAAAACAUGUUGGUCCAGCUUAUCUUCUUUGAGAAGAUGUAUCAAAAAUGUAAUAGUCUAAAGAGACUAGUCUCUAACCUUUCCUUGCGUCUGUUUGUGCUGGUUAGAACAAGGCAACAUAAGGGUGGUGAUGUACAUAUGCAAGGUUUUUGUUAGGCAUAUCAUUACUUGAAGCAGGUUUCUGUCAUUAACAUCUGGCUGGAAUUUGUUUGGGGAAUGUUUGCGAGAAGGACUUAAACUGUUGAUAUAUAUAAAUAUAUAUAUAUAUAUUAUUUUUUAAUUACUGUUGGAUACUACAGAAGAAGCAGAAGGGCUGGGCUCACCCAGCCUGCCACUUAGAACUUCCAGGUUCAUGUGCAAUCAUGGAGAAUCGAACAUUAUACAUGCAAGAAAUGAAGGCAUAAAAGCAGCAGUUUAAGGGGUCUUAUAAUUUGCACCAGAUAACAUCUUUCUCAUGCUUUUCUUUUUCUUUCAUGAUAUACAUCACCUCUGAUGGCUGAAGAAUGUAGACAGGCAUAAUGGUAAUGCUUUUCACCAAAAUGUGUGCACCAAGGUAAACAGGUGUUUGCCUUACUCGUUUUUCUUUUGAGGUUGUGAAUUAGCUUUUUCUCCAGGUGUUUAACUCUGAACAGUCUUUUUAUUUUGGUUGUUUUUUUGGUUAUACUGCGGUAGUAUUUAUUUUUAGAGAUAAGGAUUGUAUGUGUCAUGUUUGCAAAUGCUGCUACAUCUUAGAUAGAACAGGCUUAGAGCAGUUAAUUUUGUACUAUAUGGAAGGACUGUACAAGCUGAAGGGAAUAAUGCACUUUUCUCCCAUGUGGAAAUUUUAACAAGGCUCUGAAAUUGUACACAAUGCUUAGAAUCAGAUUUUUAUGAAAGAAAUACUGUCAUUUAAUCAUUUGGCAGUGGAGGUGAGGAAUUCCACCUUCAUGUGCCAAAUGGUUAAAAACAAGCAGACAAAAAAACUACAUCUUGUGCUCCAUAAAUGUGACGUAAGAGGCUGAUGGCACAAUAGCAAAUUUCUGUUCUGUAUGAAGGAAUUGCAUUUGAACAACAAGUCCACCGUGAUUACAAGAAAAGCACUUUAUUUUAAUGAUUAAAAAGUAAAUUUCUGGGAUCAGCCAUUCUCAAGAAGGGUUUGCCCUCAACCAAAAGAGUCCCAAAACUCAUCGUGUUACAUGUAACUGUGGUACCUGAUUGACUGAAUUUAAAGCAUCCACUGAUAGGAAAAGGUCUUUUUGUUUACGAAGAUCUGUCUCUAAAAAAACAUGUGCAUAAACUUCAGCUUUGAUCUUCAGCAAUGAUAAUCUUAAUAAUAAACCCUUUGGUGCUAGGAGUCGGGACGUUAGGCAGUGCGGUGAUAGCGCGCACGUGUCCUUGCUAACGACACCCAAACCCCCUGACUCUGUGGGAUUAUCAUUCGAAGUAUCUCUGCGUUCGGAUCGUAUUAGGUCCCACGAAGACUGUGAUAGCGCAGAGUAUUGCUGGUUGUGUUGUGUGAAUGAGUAGAUGAGUCUGUGGAGAGAGAUACUCCUCUGCAGAUGCCUUAGCCUCUUGAUGCGGAAGGUUGCGUGCCCUAGCAUGAAGCCCACUGCUGGCAGUGCAUGUGCUGGGACGGUCAAGGGGUAGAUGGGCAUUUAGCAAGGCAGCUAAAGACACAGGCAAAUUUAGAGUUUUUUAUGUUUUGUGUUUUCUCUUUAGUAAUGGAUGGAUAAUCAGUCAGAAAUACAUCAUGAUGUAUAUUCUAACUACAUAAGAUCUCCUUCUGUUACCUUGUAACACUAAACAUGUCUAGGGAUUAGAUUAUCCCUCUGCAGAGAGAGGAGCACAGCACAUGUGUUGCAGGUCUGUUUGGCACUGGUGGCAUAGAGGUGUCUGCGCUGAUGCAGUGUGUGACUGACUGAAGUAACUGAGCACUUACCAAUCAGACGGGCAUUAAUUAGUUUUCUGCAAAGGCCUCGUGCUUACAGACUUAAACUAUGGUGAUUCAAAAUCUCUUUUUCCCCGUGUUGUCAGCUUGUAAUAGCAAUAAGUUUCUUGACACAGGGCUCCUGUAGCUAAUGCCCAGCCAGUGCUGUGCCUCUGGCCAGCCGCUCCUUGUGUGCAGAAGCAGCCCUGUGGUUAGCGCACCAUUGCGUAGUGAGCUAGAGUGUGGUUUGCAGUAAAUACCUGUCAGUGAGCUAUUUCAAAACCCUUUGAAGACUUCACUUUGCAUUGGGUUGUCUGCCUUCCAGAACAUCGUUGGGCAAGUUUAUGAUACAGAGAGAGUCCGUGGAUACUUUGUGCUGCCCAGGGCUGGGGAAUUCUCUCUCUUACCAGUGUUAGAAAGGGAUGAAGGAAAGGUGGUGCCGCAAGAAACUCUUGAAGCUCUUCUUUUGCUGUUUGCAGUUGUGGUUGGAUUUGGUUGGGAGGUGGUGGCGGUUCCCUUGGCGAGCCUUUGGAGCACAGUACGUUUCAGACUUUGACUCCAGCUUGUACUGACUUCCAUGACCUAGAGUAUGCCCUCCUUAUACUGCAGCCAUCUUGGAGGAAGUAGGUCAUUUCUGUUUGGAUUUUGGCAGUUUUGCACACAGCUUUGCUUUCCACACUAAUCCAUCUUCCAGUACAUUCCUGUCGCUUAAAAAACAUUUAUUCCAGUAUUGUUUUCCGUUUUUUUUCCAUCUUUACUUGCGGCUUCUUCAAGCUGACUGUUCUUGCAGGGGCCAUGUGCUUCUCCUAGAGUACAAAAGUAAGGUCUUUCCUUACUAACUGCAGGGUCUAUAUAUUACACCUCAAUGUACACACUUUGCUGCUACUGUUUGUACUGUCUACAGUAGAAUUUCCUUAUCUUGCUCCUGGUAGUGCAUUACAGGCAAGCAUGAAAUGUAAAGUAUUUAUUUAAAUAAAAACCUCUAAAUUGGUAAUUGAAUUACCUCCCUGUAGCUUUAGAGUUUGUGACAUUUCUUGACCUUGCUAGUUCUUUCAUUAGAUCCAUGCAAGAUCUAGUCAUAUGGUUAAGGAUAUUAAGCAGACACGACUAUGAACCCAAGGAACCGUAUUACUGUAGGUCAUACUUAAACUGUUUAUUUCCUUAAGUAUAUGACCCACAAGGAUGUGAAAUAACUACAAGAAACUGUUUUUGUACACUGUACAUCCUUAGUAUUUUUACACGUAUAUGAUAGGGAUGCACAUUAUUUUCCUUCAUACAGACAGCUUAAAUAAAGCACUAUGUCAAUCUGCUACUUCUGUGUUUUUUAAUGCUAAUUUGUUCCGGAGGUUUGUAAAUAUAUAUAUAUAUAUGUUCAAGCUUGCCACAAAGGACGUAUUUUUUUAUAUCUGCACAUUACUAUUAAAUAUCUUAGAGGAUAAAAUUCCUAAGUUGUUCUGUGUCAGAGAAAGAAAAACUGAAAUGAGAAGGCUAUAUUGCAGAUUACAAAAGAUUUCUCGAGUUUUGGGUUAAAUAUUUACUUCAUAUUUUAAAGUAAUUUUAUAUAGGUUAGACAUUUCAAUCCUGAAAUGCACAAAGAAUUUACUUAAUUUCUUCUUACAAGAAAAUGUACAUCGUUAUUUUUUUAUCACUGUGUAUAUAAUGACCUGUGCAUGUUUAGUUACAAGUUUUCUUUGCUGUGAAGUCCUAGUGAUAACUGUAACUUGCUGUGACGUAUUUCAAAUGCUGGGUGAUCAGUUUCAGCUUGUACAUUAUUAAGUUACAGUAUUGUCAAAAAAAAAGUUUUUAUGACCAAGCAAGAUGUAUCUGUGCUUUGGACGGAGGCUGUUCCCAUACAGAUGGAUCAUGUUAAUUCCAUGAGGUGCAUGUCACUUGUAAAAGGAAAUUCGGGUUGCACUUUGGAAGGAAUGAUGGGCUAUGUUCCUAUCAGAACACCCACGAUUGAAGUGAUUUGUCAUCUGAUGAAAUUCCUAGCCUUGCAUCCUGGAGCUAAGUAAUGCCUUAGGGGUAAGGAGAGGAAAAAACGGGCAGGUGGGAUUUGCAGGGCACCUCAGAGUGGGACUCUUUGAAGCCCAUGAGCUGGCCCAAGGCCAUUUGCAGCAGCCAGCUCCGAGGGCUGAGCGUCCCUAGAGCAGUCAGGCACCUGGGUUUUAGCUCAGGUCUUUGGCAGGAAGGCUUCCUUGGAACUAGAGGUGCUUCAUCCAGCUCUCAGGGUUUGGAUUAUUUUUUUUUUCCUUCUGUUUUCUCCCUCACCUUGUAAUAGGGAAGUGCAUGAGCCAGUAGUUUGGUGGGAAUAGGCGAUGUGAUCAGCUGCAGCAGCAGCAGGACUGUCUGGCCAGGCUGCACCCCAUGUCAGAGGAUCCCGCUCUGGCUGUAGAUGUGGGAUCUCCUGUAUUUGGUCACCUGGUCUGACACUUGUAAACUUUGUAAACCCAAGCAUUUUGUGCCUAAGGAGAAGUGGGGUGGGGGAGAGCUUUAGACAGGUAGAGCUGGUGCUGCCUGUGCUCAAUGACUAAUUAAUUGCUAGAAAAUAGAGUAGCUGCUGCCUGGAAAUAGAUUCCUUCUAGACUCCCAGCAAUGCACUGGAUUGAGCCUACUCCUGGGAUGCGUGUGAACACCUCCCCACCCAGGAUGCAUUGAGAUGAAGCAUGGCUGUGCAAAAGGUCCAAAAGGUUGAGGGUCCAGCUGUGCCUUGGGCCAGGGCAUGGCAGCUCCAGGAUCUCAGUGAAACCUAAAUGUUGGGACUAGGUGCCAAGUUCUUUUUGCGUGUGUAGUUUAUAGGCACUUUCUCCUAUCUACACACAGAUUUAUGCUGUGGAAUAAUAAAAAAAUAGAUUUAAACAAUA